CCCGAAUCUUCUCUUACUCUCCGUCCUAACUCUUCUCCAAGGUUUCAACCUUCUUUAUUUGUUUCAGCUGAACACUCCCCGUAUUUUUCAUUCAAUCCUUCCAUUGCGAUUCCAUUCCAUUUCAUAACACAACUUUUUAUUCACUGGAGCAUAAUGUACACGCUUGCUCCAUUUUGGGGGAAGUCUUCCUUUUAUUUGGUUACAGUGCUCACAAUGACUUAAGAUAUUUAUUCUCUUCAACUCUUCAGAAAUUAAACAGUCAUGCAUCAACCUUCGACUGUGACGCAAGAACCCAGUUUAGUUCUUGAUUUUGUUUCCCAAUUUGGAAGAUUUGCGUUUGAUUCGAGGUUUCAAAACUCGGGGUCAGAUAUCCGUGCUUCGUCUUUAUCAAAUUUCUUGUCCUUCAAUAGCGUAAGGGGCGCAGUUAAGGGAAGAAAGCAAAGACCGGCCGUUUCACUUAGGUUAGGAGGUAGAGGAAGUUUUUUUCGUAAAAUAUUCAAUGACUUCAACAGAGCUGUUAGGUUUCAUUGCGAGAAAAUCCCAAUUGGGUUUGCUUCGCUUCGAAUUGAUUCGGGGGAUAAUGGUUCUGGGGAUAAUAAUGUCCUGAGAGAAGAUGGGUGCGGUGUUCUGGAGGAUGAUAGAUUACCACUGAAUGGGGCAGAGGCUGAGAACCCCAAAAAGGUUCUAAUUUUGAUGAGUGACACUGGUGGGGGCCAUCGAGCUUCUGCAGAAGCCAUCAAGGCGGCUUUUCAUGAAGAAUUUGGGGAUGAUUACCAGGUUUUUGUUACUGAUUUAUGGUCUGAUCAUACGCCUUGGCCAUUCAAUCAACUUCCUAGGAGUUACAGUUUUUUGGUAAAACAUGGGCCACUAUGGAAAAUGACGUACUAUGGAACUGCCCCGCGGGUAGUUCAUCAGUCAAACUUCGCUGCAACUUCAACAUUCAUAGCUCGUGAGGUCGCCAAAGGGCUAAUGAAAUACCAGCCGGAUAUUAUAAUCAGUGUGCAUCCACUGAUGCAACAUGUUCCACUGCGUAUAUUGAGGUCAAAGGGUCUUUUAAAGAAGAUUGUUUUUACCACAGUUGUCACAGAUUUAAGCACAUGCCAUCCUACAUGGUUUCAUAAGCUUGUAACAAGAUGCUAUUGUCCAUCAACAGAAGUUGCAAAAAGAGCACAGAGGGCUGGGCUCCAGCCAUCUCAAAUAAAGAUUUAUGGCUUACCUGUACGGCCGUCCUUUGUUAAGCCUGUUCGUCCAAAGGAUGAACUAAAGAGGGAAUUAGGCAUGGAUGAGGAUCUGCCUGCUGUACUAUUAAUGGGAGGCGGAGAAGGUAUGGGCCCUAUUGAGGCUACUGCUCGGGCUCUUGGAGAUUUGUUGUAUGAUGAGAAUCUUGGUGGCGCGAUAGGUCAAAUUCUUGUGAUUUGCGGUCGCAACAAGAAGCUAACUAACAAAUUGCUCUCAAUUGAUUGGAAGGUUCCUGUGCAGGUCAAAGGAUUCGUCACUAAAAUGGAAGAAUGCAUGGGAGCUUGUGAUUGCAUCAUUACAAAGGCAGGCCCUGGGACAAUUGCAGAGGCCAUGAUUCGAGGCCUUCCCAUAAUUUUGAAUGACUAUAUCGCCGGGCAGGAAGCUGGGAACGUGCCCUAUGUUGUUGAAAAUGGAUGUGGGAAGUUCUCUAAAUCACCAAAGGAAAUAGCAAAAAUAGUUGCUGAUUGGUUUGGUCCAAAAGCUGAGGAGCUGAAGUUAAUGUCGCAAAAUGCACUGAGGCUAGCGAGACCAGAUGCUGUGUUCAAAAUUGUUCACGACCUUCACGAGCUUGUCAGACAAAGAAGUUUCCUAUCUCAUUAUUCUUGUACAGCUUAACAUUACAGUUAGGCUUUUGUUUCUUUUUAAAACCAGUUUUCUGAAAAGGAGAGGUAUAAGGCGGAGAAGAUGCAGGACUCGCGGGCCAAAAUACGUUUGUUUUCCUCCGCCCUCUGCGUGUAUUGUUUGGGAAUGCUCAUUGCAAAAUAAUACAGUUUUGGCUGUCUUGUUCUUUUAUAAAUUCA